CAGCUGUUACUGUUCACUUUCCACACGCGUCCAUUCACAAAUCCGCCCCGGGAGGAACCACGUCGCUCCGGAGCGACCUGUUGCGCAGCUGCUUUUCCCCCCGACCUCCUCUGCUCCGUCUCCUCUGCUCCUUCUCCUCUGGUUGGUGCUUUCUGAGAGGAGAAGCCAGCUUUCAGUUAGCAGGAGAGGUGGAGGUGCACCCGUGGGCUCGUGUGAAGUCCUCCCGUCGGUCCGCACUGACGCGGGGAGUCUCUCUAAUAUGACCCGGGACUCGGGGGAUGAGAGUCAUGAGCUGGACGCGUCCUUGUCCCGGACUGGACCUGAGCCACUGUCUCUUCUACCUGAGCCUGCUCCUGUGGACCAGACGCCUGAGUGGACUGGCUGACUUCUCUAACUACCUGUCCAGAAUCAUCACCAGCCACUCGGCCCACGCGUGUGACGGACAGCCCCUGCGUCUCCACUGUCCUCGUCACUCCACCAUCUCCAUCCAGUCGGCCUUCUACGGGAGCGGGGAGGUGUGGGCGUGCAGGGCCGACCCCGACCCCCCGCCCGGAGCACACAACCACAGCUGCUCGGCGUUCACCGCUCUGCAGAAGCUGCUGUCGGAGUGUCAGAGCCACAGAGACUGCCAGCUCCCUGUCAAUCACCUGCUGUUUGGGAAGGACCCUUGUCCCGGGACUUCUAAAUACCUCCACGUGGACUACAGGUGUAAACCCACUGAACACAGGAGACAUGUGGCCUGUGAGGGAGACACCAUGGUCCUGGGCUGUAAGCCCCCCAGGCUGCUGGUCAUCUAUGCAGCUGUCUACGGCAGAAGUCUGGGCCACGCUGACACCUGCCCCUCACACCUGACCAGACCUCCCCCUUUUGAGUGUCUCGACCACGCGGCCGUGCACUCGGUGUCCAAGUCCUGCCACGGCAAACAGAAGUGUGCUGUUGCUGUCAGCAACCAGACCUUCAGGGACCCCUGCUUUCCAGGAACCAGGAAGUACCUCAGUGUGAUCUAUUCCUGUGUCCCACAGUCUUUACUGAGGGAGGCCGACCCCGACGUGUUCAGCUCCACCUCGUCUCCGCCUGUGGAGACAGACAAAGCUGCUCCUGUAGAUCUGGAAGAGCUUUUGGUCAAAGGGUCGAGAAGACCCGGCAACUCGGGAGCCGUGAUGAGCACCUCUCUCCUGACCUACACCUACAUCAGAGAGCAUCCAGAAAUGGCGGCGCUGCUCUUCACCUCCAGUGUGUGCGUUGGCCUCCUGAUCACGCUGCUGGCUGUAUCAGUCCGUGUGACCUGCAGAGGGCGCCAGGUCAGAGAUCACAGACUCCAAACCAGGUCUACUAGCCAGACUGUAAAACGCCAGGUGGAGGAGGACGAGGAAGAGGAAGAAGAUGAUGAUGAUGAUGAAGGAACGGAAAGUUCUUUAAUCUCCACCACAGAGAGGAAGGUGGUGUGUGAAUGGGAGGAAGUGACUAAUGUGAGCGAGGAAGCCGAUCGGGCGGAGAGGAUCGAGCGCAGAGAUAUGGUCAUACAGGAGAUCUCCAUGAACGCAUACCUGAACGGCAGCUCCUGUUAAACGGACCAGAGACAGAACAAGAGACUUUCAGAGUCUUUUGUUGACAUCCUGUGUUUAUGUAUAUUUGCAGGAGGAGUUUUCUCGUUUAUGAAGAAUGUAGUGUUUAAUGGAAUCAGCAGAAAUAGCUGUUUUUAUGCUGUAAAAUGUGGUCACAUAAAGAAUGUGUAAUUAUAAAUCUAAAAUAUAGUAUUUUUUUACAUUCAGCACCAAUUGAAGCAAAUAUAUUUCAGGUUUAAAUUAAUUUACUGACGCAGCUGCCUCAUUCAUUCAUGAAUGUUACAGUUCUGAAUCAUCAUCGAGGCGUCUCACAGCAGCAAAGAACAUGUCUCCUCUGCUUUGUUUAAAUGGAACCAUGAAACACAGGUUCUCUCAUCUUCAACCUCCCUCUGGAUUUAAAGCAACACUAUGGGAGCUUCAGAAUGAGUUUGAUGGUUCACUGACCUGGAACAUGGAGAAAGUUUCCUCUUUCAUUCCCACUCCUCGACCUGAACGUCUCUUCUCUCAUGAGAAGUGUGGAACUGACUGAUUGUCGCGGCUUCAAUUAUCAGAAUCAGGUCCAGUAAGUUGAAGAGUGAAGCUGAACUGUAGCUCAGUUUGUCACAAACCAGUUCAAGGUUGGACAAAGUAGGAAAGACCACGGAUGAGUUUUAACUUGAAAUAAGUUCAGUUGAAGUUUGAAAGCUGUGGGACGCUCAGAAACGGAUCCCAACUGAGUUAAUCUCCAGGUGCGGCUGCAGAGGGCGCUGUUGCUCAGUGAAAGCUACAUAGUGAUGCUUUAAACACGGGAGUGGAAAUCAACGCCUUUCUGUAAAAAUCACACAUUUGCAGUUUCAUGUCAAAGAUCAUCAUUUGUAGCUGCUGGAAGAAUGUUUAAAAAAAUAUACAUCAUGACUGACAGAAAUAGACAUGCCAUUGUUUUCCCUAGAGUAUUGUGGUUAUUAACAUUUUCAGCUGUUCAUACCAGAGACCCUUUAAAUUGAAAAUACAAGAGAUGGAAUCAGCCUUUAAAUCCUCA